CCUAGGAAUUUCUUUGAAGUUAAAACUCCGGAUAUAUUUUUCAUUCAACUUAUCCUAUCUACACAAUCUCUGCAUAUUCCUACGCAGUUUCUUUCACAUCUGGAAUUCUUGGCUAAAACAACGUAUUUUUCUUGGGAGAACUAAAGAAUACACAGUCACAAUGCAGGUAUUAUUAAUAUUCGCCUGCAUGCUCGCCAGUAUUUGUGCUCAGCGAACUAUGUACAGAGUCAGUAAUUUUCCAGACCCCAUUGAUAGAUUUGGAGCAUGUGGAAGACCAAGGCCGUCAUUCGUCUGCGACCCAAGUGGACAACUUCCGGCAAACGCUGCUGACGUUAUUGAUGACGUAGUAAAGUCGAUUUACAACGAGACAACGGUUCUUGGCUACGGUUCAAUGGUAUCACGUCGCAAGGGGUAUAUGAUAAUGGUAGCCGUCUUACCGAAAAUGCAAAGAUACUUUACUGUAAAUACCACAGGAUACAGUAUGCAGACGAGAUAUCGUGAGGCCCAAUAUUUCAGUUACUACCUUGGUCAGGCCAGUAAAUGGGGCAAACAUUCUUCAAAGUUGAACGAAAUGGUCAUCAUACUUUACUCGGCAGAUGACGGCGUCUUAUACACAUCAACGCAGCCAGUGGCGCGAAAACUGUUGACAGACGAGAAAGUACGGGAUACUGUUAUGGAAGCUUUGACCUAUCACUACCCAUUUAACGCAAGUAAGCGAAGGACAGCAGAAACCAUCGAAUUUAUGGUCAGAAAGUACGGUGACUUACUGCGAGCUGAUUUACCAACAGCUUAGAAAGAUAUAAUCAUCUUUGAGGCUCUUCACUUCGCACAGCAGACAAAAGCUUUUAAUAAUUAAUACGCGCUGAUCCUGGAACUAUUUUUUUCUAACGCUCUCAUGGAUGGAUGGAUUCCUGUUGAUCAUAAUGAGUAUGGCGUGAAAAUGAUGACCAGUGAAGAGACCAUCCUAUUGUUCGCCUGUGAUACGCUUGUCUUGAGUGAAAAACAAUGGAUGAAUGAAAUAAUAUAAACUUUCUUUACAUUAUUUUGAAUCAUUUCAAAAUGCCUGUGAGCACAUUAUAUAUCGAUUUAAUAUUUCUUCUAGUAAGAGUACAUAGUCAACUUUAUAUUUUAUUCAUUAUUGACUAAAUAAUAUAUUUCUGAGUGGCUGAUAUUUCUAAAUAAAUCUUAGAAAAGAA